AUGGCAUCUAUGCGCCAGAAGCUCGAAAGAGACCAGCAACGUGAGCUAGACAAUUUUAAGCAGUCUCAGUGGAGACGGAAGGAUAACCAAUGGAGACUGGGAGCCAAAAGGCCGGCAGAAGGAAAGGAGAAGGAAAGGCUGCCGUCAAGUGUCGCUUUCUUGACCUACAGCCUCGUGGCAAUCGGCGCACUGGGAAAUCGAUAUAUUGGGAUAUGGUCUAUGCUGGCCCUGCAAUCGAUUGGCCUCAUAAUGGGACUCUGGCUGAAAGAUAAAUUCAUCUACCUGGUGUUGGAAGUCAAUGAGUGGCUGUAUGAAGGCGGGUCGCAGCGAGUUGUCUCCCCUGGCAAGUUAGAGCUUCUGGCACGAGAUGUAUUCUGGUGGAUGGUGAGGAUGCUGGCUUGGAAAAAUUUGAGGAUUCCAGUACAGAUUGCAGCAAGUUUCCUUGGUCUUGCCAGUCAGUUGACAUGGCUUUGUGUCGUGCUGGUGAGACCAAUUAUUAGUAUCAUAGAUGCAGGAGCUCGCUGCAUCACUUGGAUCCGAGGCUUCUUUGAAAGCGUCUUCAAAUGCUCUCUCAACUAUACUACACCCCCGGAGCUUGCACAGACUGUCCAAAUCCCACGAGUCAUACACACAAAAUCUAGCAAGAGGGCGACUGUGUCUUCACCCACCGAAUCAGAAUCAGAAUCCAGGUCCGGCUCAUUUAAAAAGGCCAAGAAAAACACCUCCAGCCCCCCAGCUCGGGGCGCCCAAGGAUCUCGUUACGAUAAAUCUUCGGCUGGCGCCGAGCAACCAGGUAUGGCAGCUCCAUCGCCACCCCCGAAGCUUGCAGAGACUGUCCAAAUCCCACGGGUCAUACACACGACAUCCAGCAAGAGGGCGACUGUGUCUUCACCCACCGAAUCAGAAUCAGAAUCAAGUUCCGGCUCAUUUAAAAAGGCCAAGGAAAACACCUCCAGCCCCCCAACUCGGGGCGCUCAAGGAUCUCGUCACGAUAAAUCUUCGGCUGGCGCCGAGCAACCAGGUAUGGCAGCUCCAUCGCCAGUGCAGAAAGAUGCGGGCCCAAGAGGUGAUCCUAGUAAGGUGGCGCCUGACCGUAGUAAAUGGAAGCCCUACUGGAGCGUGAACCUUGAUAAGCCGACACGCAAUACACUUGAUGCGAGCUCGAUAAAUCGUGGCAGUGUACCUAUCGCGCAGCCUGCUGAUCAGGACAACUCAAGUACAGCGGCUCCAUCAGUCACGCCCAGAAAUGACACGAACCCCAUCGACCUCGGCCAAAUUGCGAUGUUAAAUCACUGGUCCACUGGGAUCUCUGAUUUAUGUCAAGCUUGUGAUGACCUUUGGAAGUACGAUGACAAUAAAAGUAGUCUCCUGCAUGUGCAGAAACUGCAAUUCCUGCACAGAGAGGCUACCGCUGUAUCAGAUCUGAACAGUCGAGUUGAUUGGGCCAUAGCUGGCCACAAUGAGAACGAGUGUAUCAUCGGACUCUGCGAGCUGGAUCUUCUCGUCAGCCUGCAUCAACUGGACGAGCUGUUGCUUCGAAACGCUUCUUCUGAGGGACAUUUGAAAAUUCUUGAGGAGGUCAAGUCCAUCGCCAAGACUUUACUCAAGCAUCUCAAGAAAGCAUGCAAGCACCCAAAGUCAAGGAGAAGAGCCGCGAUGAGGCCCAUGACAGAUGGAUGGAUUCUAGGCAAACUGCAAGUUAUGCGUAGAGAAGUCACGCAACUGGUGGAGCGACGGCAGAUUAUAACAGACUCACUUUACCUCCUGGGUCGGGCUUAUACCACGCAGAGGCUGUCGAGCGAACUUGAUAAAGCAAGGAUGCAAUUGAUGUCGCUGGUAGCACAAGCGAAGAUGAUUAGUCUGGGCACAGAUAGUUUUCGCGUGCGGCGCGAGAUCAGAGACAUUGAAGCCGCAGUAUUGACCGAGAUCGCAGCCAUUUCGCAAACCAUCCUUCAAGCGGAUUUUACCAUGUCUCUGAAUGAGUCUGCUCAUGAACUGGCUAAGGAUAUGCUUCAGGAUACCGACAUGAAUGGUCUCUCGCCUGCUACACCAACACCCAUCUUUGGCGUCGCACGGGCAUCCGAGCGAGACAUUGUCACUCUGAGGAACGGCCUUGCUCGAACUGCAACUCAAGUCCAGCACUUAAGUCUCCUGGAGGGAGUCGAUCGAGCUCAUGCGGCAGAGCUAGUCAAGACCGAAAUCGACUACCUGAUCAGUAGCAUCCUGACUGGCUUGAACUACAACGAAGUCAGCAUGAGAGCAGUGAUCGACGAGUUCUUUGAUACAGCCCAUGCUCAGCUACUCACGCUGAGGAGAACCAUUUUUGAUUUGUCAGAGACCUUACCUUCAGAUAUGGAUCUCGGUGAUGAUGAUGCUGUGCCCAUAGAGUCACCGAUCGACAGCACCAUUGGUCCUCGCCCACAAUGGGAUGCACCGCCCACGCCGACAACUCCUGGUCCGGUAAGGAAGAAGCCUAGGAUCCCCGAUAUGGCACCAGCUGAGAAGCCCGUCCGACAUGUGCACUUUGCGCCACGGCCUCAGAAGAGGAGUGCACUGCCACCGCUCUCACAGACGCAUAAGGCUAGUGCUUUGACUCUGAGAGUGAAAGAUAUCGAAGCGGGCCUGACCAGAAUCAAAGCACAACUGACUGACUGGGUAAUUGAGCGCGGAGAUGCACUCAAAGAGGCCGAAGUGGUCGUUGAAGAAGAAGAACUUGAUCCUCUUGCUGAAAGAGAUGUCCCGACACAGCACGCUCCGACUGCGGAUGAGCUAUCGAGGGACCUGAUCACAGUCAAUACCGCUCGUCAAGAAGUCGAAAGUCUAGCUUAUAAAAUGCGCCUGGAGCGACGUCAAAUCGUCCAAGAAGGUUUAGAUCCAGAACAUCUCAAGCCGCUGACAGACAUCGAAAGCGACAGCGAGGGUAUACUCAACUUCGUAGUCCAGUGCUUGGAAGCCAUCGGCAUGCGGUUACUAACAACACCCAAAGAUCACACUACGCUUCAAGACGUACGACUUCGUGCAAAUUUGAUGUGUUUCAUUCACAUCAGAAAAGGCGGCUUUCAUGGCCGAUACAACACUAUUGCUCAACUGGAGGAAGCCGUAGAUCGGGCUGCGGUUCACAUUGCCGAUGUCAAUCGCAAAGUAUGUGGAGAGCAGAUAGAACACGAGUUAUUCCAGACUGUGACUGCGAUGGAGGAGCUAGAAUUCCUUCGUGUUGGCACCAACAGAAUGUUCGAGGAUCCAAGAUUUUUCUCUGAUACGUGGAAAAUCGACAACAUACGUCGUCAAGUAUCAGAUAUCGCAGUGGAAACUUGUAAACUAUGGAGCUUGCUAGACGAGCGACGCACGCACAACUGGUAUCUCGAAGGCCCAUCCUAUGCCAUCGCAGAUCUUCGCAUCUGGGCAGAACGUGGCAAAUUGCCUUUUCCUGUUGACCCUGCGGAUCGCCUGAGCGGAGCUCGAGCCUUGUUGACGUCUCUUAAAACGGUCGUGGAAGUUCACGAUGAGCUGAUGAUUGAUGAGAGGAUUUUAGGAGGUGAAGGUGCGGAACAAGUUCUGCGAGGAAUGUACCUUGACUUUGACGACAAGAUGAUGGCGAGAGAUCUACGCCUGACAGAUCCUCUAGGAGAAGAAUUCUUGGAUGUGACAUUGGCGUAUGAGAUGUUUUUACGCCAGCAUCUAUACUCCUCGGGACAGCGAUUUGGACAAGAAUCGGAAACGUACCGAGAACAGUGGCGUGAAGCUCAAAUGGUGGAAAGUUGGAACACGACACGAGGACUCUAUGUGAUGCUGAAAUGGUUACAACACAGUGGUCAAGUGCCGUCAACAGAUUUCCGACUGGGCAUAGUCACCAGAAAUGUAGAUGAUGCUGGUUUCAACGCCAAAGCAACUGUGGAAGUGCUAGGAACCAACCCGGUGGACCAGGAGUCGACCAUCAUCGUCUGGGUGUACAACGAUAAUGCAGCAAACCUCUACCCGGGCGUACCAUCGCAGUGGCAAGGACUGUCAGCGAUGGAAGAACCGUCUGCAGAUGCGCAAGCCAUUGUCAGAUCGUGGUUCGAAGGUAGCACACUCCCACGAUUCCAGCCUGUGCAAGCGCAUAGUAAUAUCCAAGCGGCCAACGAGGACAACCCCAUCGCCGUACUCCAUUCCCGACUCGGCGAAGUCUCCAGAUUAUGGCGUACACUCAACAUCCAUGCCAAUGGGAGGCAAGCUAUUCGAGUUGAGAUCGAUAAACUCGAUACCUGGCAUCUGCUAUUGACUGAUCUACUCAGAGACGUGCAGCAGCAUCUGUCAGGAAACGUAGGUCCAGACAUAGAUCUUGGCGACCUUCGUGACAUAGAAGUCAGAUUGAAUCGAUUUAUCGAUCGGAUCAGAGGAAGCAAUGACUUACUUUCCGCGCGCUUCUGGGGAGGUCCACAUCGUAAUGGUGCAGAAGACGGACCGAGUCGAGGUGGUCGUGGCGGUCUCGGGCGUGAGAGAGGCGAGGCGCGGGCUCGAGGAGGUCAGAACCCCUCAGUCGGUAGUCAGUCUCGAGGGGAUCGUGGCGGCCGCGGUCGGGCUUCAGAUGGAAUUCGAGCGCGAGGCGGAGCACACGUUCGACAAACAGUACAUCGUGUGGCGCUUAUUCAGCCUCGAGUAGGUCGUGGUGGCCUUGGUCGAGCGCAAGGAGAAGUGCGAGGCCCAGGCCGCGAACGUGAAGGCAGAGGGGGAACUGUGGGUGGAGGUCGUGGGCGCAGACGUAGUGAACGAGACGGCAACUAUAGCGCUGAUCGUGCUUCAGAUUUUGGAGCCCAGCGUAGCGCUGGUUUUGAUGGUCGUGGUCGAGGUGGCAGAGGGGGCAUUGCGGGUGGAGGUCGUGGCCGAGGUGGCAGAGGGGGUAUUGCGGGUGGAGGUCGUGGCCGCAGAGGUGGUAAACGAGACGGUAACUAUGGCGCUGAUCGUGCCUCAGGUUUCGGAGCCCAGCGUGGCGCUGGUUUUGAUGGUCCUGGUCGAGGUGGGACAUGGGGCACUGCGGGUGGAGGUGGUGGCCGCAGAGGUGGUGAACGAGACCGCAACUAUGGCGCUGAUCAUGCUUCAGGUUUCGGGGCCCAGCGUGGCGCUGGUUUUGAUGGUCCUGGUCGAGGUGGCAGAGCCGGCAAUCAUAACGCCGGUCAAGCGCAACCUCGAGGAGCUGCGAAUCGUGCGCGGGGCAACCAAGGCGCACGAGGUCGAGGAGCUGCGAAUCGUGCGCGCGGCAACCAAGGCGCACGAGGUCCUGGAGCCGGUCAUGCGGAGGCGCCAGCAGCAGCAAGGGUCGUGGAAGUGCACGAUGUCGACGAUAUUGGCUGA